UCAGAAAAUCGAUGGAUGGGCAAAACUACAAUUCCCAGACGCCUCAAAACCGGAGAUACGUGUCAAACUUUCCGGAUAUGUGCUCGCUGCGCCGCAUGAAGGCCCUUUUCCGCCUCUGAGAAGUGUGCUUCACCUCGACAGACACCAUGACCGAUUGGGAGACUGCACCGGCAGUUGCUGAGACACCUGAGAUCAAGCUGUUUGGCAAGUGGAGCACUGACGAUGUGCAGAUCAAUGACAUCUCCCUGCAGGACUACAUUGCCGUGAAGGAAAAGUACGCCAAGUACCUGCCACACUCUGGUGGACGUUAUGCCGCCAAGCGUUUCCGCAAGGCCCAGUGCCCCAUCGUGGAGCGUCUGACCAACUCUAUGAUGAUGCACGGCCGCAACAAUGGCAAGAAGCUGAUGACCGUGCGCAUCGUCAAGCACGCCUUUGAGAUCAUCCACCUGCUGACUGGAGAGAAUCCCCUGCAAGUGUUGGUGAACGCCAUCAUCAACAGUGGACCACGUGAGGACUCCACCCGUAUUGGCCGCGCUGGUACCGUCAGGAGGCAGGCUGUCGAUGUGUCGCCCCUACGUCGAGUCAACCAGGCUAUCUGGCUGCUGUGCACAGGCGCAAGAGAAGCUGCUUUCAGGAAUAUCAAGACAAUUGCAGAGUGUCUGGCUGAUGAGCUCAUCAAUGCCGCUAAGGGUUCAUCUAAUUCCUACGCCAUCAAGAAGAAAGAUGAGUUGGAGAGAGUUGCUAAGUCCAACCGUUAAAAUGUUAUUUCCUACCAACCAAUAAAUUUGAAUACAUCACGA